GGGACGAACGACGGCCAGUUCGGCUUCAAACCCGCCAGAAUAACGCUUUCUAGCGAGCCAUUGUCCACGUUUUCCCCAACCCGCUUAAUUCAUAUACCCUCAAUCACAAUGGGUGGAGGCGGAAAGAUCCCGUAUCCCAAGGAAGUCUGGUCUCCCGCCGGAGGCUGGUAUGCUCAGCCCGCAAACUGGAAGCUCAACACUGCCAUCAUUGGUGCCACUAUGCUUGGUAUCGUUGCUACUGUCUGGAGCAUCAGCGCCGACCGUGAGCACCGCGACAAGAUGCCCGAGCCUGGCCGAUUCUUCCCUAGUCGCUACUGGAGCAGGGAAAUUAUCGAACACGAGAGAAGACAACAAGCCUCGAAGCAGGACUCAUAA